AUGUCUGGAAAAAUUGUCAAAGGAUUUUUGUUAGAUAUAACUGGUGUAUUAUAUAACAGUCGAUUCGGAACUGACGGUGUUCCAAUUCCAAUGUCAGCUGAAGCUAUUCAAAUGUAAGUUAAUUUAGAAAUAAAAAUAAAAAUAGAAUAAAAAAUUUGCAGUCUAUACGAGCAAUCAAAAGUGAAAUUCUUGAGCAACGCUAAAGGAGCUUCAAAUGUAAAUGUUAAGAAACGAUUGGAACGAUUAGGGAUACUGUAGGUUAUCAUUUUAUAUGAUAAUUUCGAAAUUAUCAAACUUUAAGAUAUAUUUACUUUCAGAAUUCGAGAAGAAGAUGUUAUCACACCAGCUCCAAUUGUUGCGCAAUAUUUGAAGAAAAAUAAUUUGAGGCCACAUUUAUUUGUUCGAAAAGGUACGGUUAUCUAAAAAGAGUAAAAGUUACUUAAUUUUUUUGUAGAUGUGAUGGAAUAUUUUGAUGGAAUUGAUAUUUCUUCACCAAAUUGUGUUGUGAUGGGUGAAGUUGAAGAUGGAUUUUCAUUUGAUCGAAUCAAUAAAGCAUUUCGAAUACUUCUUGAUAUGGAGAAACCAUUUCUUAUCACAAUGGGAAAUGGGUUGGUUUCUUUUUUGUUUUCCCUCAAAGUUCAAAAUUUUAUUUUGAAAUUUCAGAAAAUUUUUCCAACGAACAGAUGGUCCUUGCAUAGAUAUUGGAGCAUUUGCGGCAGCCCUGAAAUUCUCAACAAAUUGUGAAGUUUUGAAUAUUGGAAAACCAAGUCAAAUAUAUUUUCAAGAAGGAAUUGAUGCAUUGGGAUUAGAAGCUGAUGAGGUAAAUAAAACAUAAAGAUCUAUGAUAAAAACAUUUCGUCUUCAGAUUGUGAUGAUUGGAGAUGAUAUAAUCUCCGAUGUUGGAGGUGCUCAAGCUGCUGGUAUGCGUGGAAUUCAAGUUCGAACCGGAAAAUGGAGAGCAGAUACUGAGAAAUCAUCAGGAGUCAUACCUGAUUUGACAGUUGACUGUCUUUAUGAUGCUAUCAAACAAAUUCAAGACAAUGGGUUUGUACUUUGAACAAAUAUUGAUGAUGCCAAAAAGGUCGUGCCAAAAUUUGUAGAUAUUAUGUAUACAACUCGAAUUUAUUUAUUUAUUGCAUUUAUAAUUUUCUCCUGCUGUGAUUAGAAAAUUCCAUAAUUUUAUAUAGUAAUUUUGAUGUUUCGAAAACAUAAAAAAUUUAACAACAACUGGUCUGAGAUCGGAAAGGUUAACCGAAGAUUCAAAGGACAUGACCCUUAGUGCAUAUACGGCUCAACUAGUCAUGACUAGGACUCUCGCAUAACGGUCACGUAGACCUACCGCUUCCCGGGAAAGCGUUUCCGUAUCGGAACCACGAGAUUUCACAUAUAGUGACACCUUCGGAACUCCUUCCCAACUUCUGAUUCCAAUUGUCUACCGCCUAUGAUGCUGGCUCACAGGCGCCCGCCACGACGCCCGGUGAACAACGCAGGGUUAUUCUCGUAUAUCAACGUGGCGUUGUAUUUGUUUUUUUUUCUUUGAAAAAAAAACAAAACAUUUUUUCACGUUAUUUUUUUCCCUUUUUCUUCCCGUCAAAAAAAUCCCAGAUACAUUCAUUUCGGAAUCAAUUGAUAUCUUGCAAUCAGUUGUCUUUUUUAUUGUAAAGUCAAAGUGUUUGGAAUCGUGUCAAUUAGCUGUCAAAUAUGGAUCAAAUUGGUUGUGAAUGCACUCAAAAAUCAGUGAAUAAUCUCGAAAAUGCCAUCAAACAUCUUUUGAAUCGCGGACGUGAAGUCAAUCAAAUCCUGGAAAACGAGAAGAAAGAAACACGAUCAAAAGAAAAAUGAAGAAGUUGCGGCGAUUCGUGGAGUGAGUAUAUUUGACAUUUGCUUUUCCAGAUGAUACUAGAACGUUUUUAGGUUCCAACAGAUCCAUUUGCGGAUACAUGCUUUGGAGAUUCUGAGGUUUCAAGCAAAAGAACACCAAGUAAUGUAAGAUUUCAUACAAUUUUCUCGUUUUAGAUCAAACAAACUUUAUUUACAGCUUCAAAUGAUCGAAUCACCAAAUGAAGCAUUUGUUCCUUUGCCACGUCCUCCAUCUGUAAUUGAUGUUCCAACUUUGGAAUCGAAUAAGCCAAGACUUCUUUAUAACAAGAAAGUAAGACACGCACCACUGUUAAUAUUUUCAUUCUCAAAUAUUUCAGACAAAAACUAGCGAACAAAUUGAUUUUGAUAUUCCAUCUCUUGAUGAUGAAACAUCGGAAGAUAAAAAGAAGACAAAGAAUUCGAAACCUUGUUCUGGUUCGACUGUCACAACAACAACAACAUUGAGUGAAACAAUUCGAUCAAUUAAACUUGGAGGAAAAGAAGGAAUUACACUUCAUGAUAGUUAUUCUGUUGAUGUGAAUGGAAAAACUGAAAAAUGGCCAGCAAAGAUCAAUUUAAUUCAAUGCUGUGAUGGAUCUUUAGAUGUUACUUAUCAAUUUUUGGAUCCAAAUGGAAAAGAAACUAUGAAAUUGAAUUUGAAUAUGAAUGGAGAGAAAAUAUCGAAACUCAAUAUUGAUGGAAAGAAGUUCCAAGAACUUUGUUAG